AUAUAAAUAUGUGUUAUGUUCUUUAUCAUCAAAUUUAAUAUUCAGAUAAUUCAAGACUUGCCAAGAUUUAUAAAAAUUGAGGAGGACACGUCGUAUACCCCACCUGGUCAAUCUCAUGCUACAACCUGUAUUCCUGCCGGCACAAAACUUGAGGUAAAGCGAGCUUUUUCAAUUGAAAAGAAUUGGUAUAUAGAAUGCCAGUCGGAAACGUUGAACAUAUAUAGAUUUAGUGAGGACUUUCCACUUAAUUGUACUUGUGUGGAUGAUCCCGAAGACCAUACAUUUCUAAAUAUUACAAAGAAAUCAAUACUUUUACCAAAGAAAGUCAGGUUCCUAACUAUUUCAUCGACUGAUGUUCUUACGUCGGACGCGAAAGAAGCAACUACAUUACUCAAGUUGAUUGGAGGACCAAUUAAAAUUCUAGAAACAGAUGUCCGUCGAAAGGUCUUUAUUGCCUGGCUUAAACGUUGUGAUAGGAAUGAACAAAGCGUUGCAUUAAUUCCCAGUAACAUCUGGAAAACUCAGACUAUAGAGUUGAAAACAUUUACGUCUGACUUAGAAAGACAAGAUUACAUAAGGCACAAUUUCGGAGAACACAAUGAGUUCAGCUUUGUAGUUAAUGGACUUUACACGAUGUGCCCUAAAGCAACUGAUGUGGUGUGGAUAAAAGCACCUUAUACAUAUACAAGUGGAAACUCAGCAACCGGGAGAGCAGUGAACUAUGAAAAUACAGAUGAUGAUGACACAGAGUAUGUAAAGCUUUGGACCGAUUCCCCGGUAAUACCUCCAAGGCCAAAAUCGUUCAGAAACCCCUCUGUGCCCCAUGUUACCAAGGGCAGAACAGUACAUGUUGAACAAAAUGUAGCUGUCAAAGGGAGAGAACCACAUCCUGGUCGAUCUCCUAAGGCACAGCAUGAGAACAUUUCAGCCAAAGAAAAAUCAAAGAAAGGCCUUGACAACAUAGAUACAUAUUAUAAUAUUGAAGGUAAGGCAUAUCAUAGUUUGAAAGAAACAACCGCCGUGGGGCAUGAAGUGGAACAAGAUUUAAAAUCGGCAACCCUUCCAGAUUUGAGGAAAUCAUCAGAAGAAAACCAAACUGAAGAAGAUUUCUAUUCGUAUUCUGUGGAGGAACUGGUCGAAUGUUUUAAGUUGUGUGGUAUGAACAAACUUGCAAUUGAUUGCAGCGCGAAUAAACUUGAUGGUGCUUUUUUUCGGGAGUUCAAUGUUGAUGACUUGCUAUCAGAGCCAUUUUGCCUAAAUAAAUUUCAGGUAUCUAAAGUCAAAAUGAUUAUAGAAAAUGGCUGGAGACCGAAGUCUGACUUACCAAAGUGAAGUCCCAUCCAAUAGAAAACCAUGAAAAUAACCCAAACCAUAAGACUUCUAAAUGGGGCGAAGAUGAAACUGUUGCAAGUUCGAUUUCAUUGAUCACAGCAGUUAUACAUAUAAUAUACGUAUAUAACAUGCUAUCGUACUUGCCCCCUGGCACCGGUAUAUGAUAGAGUCCAUGUUCAACUGAUCAACAUGUUUUGGAACAUCCUUAUGUAUUAAAUUAGAUUAUGUUUCCUGACUAUCAUUUUUGGCCGGGUUGCACAUGUUCAAACCCGGGUUAAAGUAUGGUAAAUGAUUGGCGGCGGGCGGGCGGGGGAUUUUCGUAACAGUUUUCUCAGUAACUACUUACCGUAGCCAUUUGAUAUUUAGCAUACAGCAUUGACACAUGGUCCCAUACUGUGGGAUUCGAUUUCAGGUAUGUCGCUCAUCCACUUCCGGUUUACCGACUUAGUUAAAUUUUCGACAUUAAUGGUCAAUGGUAGGAAAUUUUCGUAACAGUUUUCUCAGCACCUAUGUGUUGCAGCCUCUGGAUAUUUGGUAUACAGUAUCAACACGUGGUCCCAUAUCGUGGGAUUUCAUUUCAAAUCUGUCGGUCAUCCACUUCCUGUUUAUAGACUUAGUUAAAUUUUUGACAUUAAUGGUCAGAGGUAGGAAUUUUUUGUUACACUUUUCUCAGCAACUACUUAUCACAGCCUCUUAAAAUUUGGCACACAGUAUUAACUAGUGGUCCCAUACACUGUGAUAUCAUUUCAGAUCUGCCGGUCAUCCACUUCCGGUUUAACGACUUAGUUAAAUUUUUGACAUUAAUGGUCAAUGGUAAACAUUUUUUGUAACAUCAAAGCCUCGUGAUAUUUGGUAUACAAAUGCAACCCGGCCUUUUCUGUCUUUGACCCAUUUUUAAACUUCUUAUGUAAAAAAUGUUUUUUGGUUUGAUUUUGUUUUGUUUUUCUUCAUUUUUUGAUGUUCUUGUCGUUGUUGUUUUCGUUUGAUCAUAUAAAACAAUGCAAU